AUGUCGUCACUCAGCUUGUUCCUUCGCUUUCUACCCCAAGCGGAAGGCUUGUUGCCUAAAUUCCAGCUUGUCGCCGCGUCCCUAUCCAUCUUCAAUACGGUUCAAAACUUCGCUACACUCAAAUUCACGCGUCGAUUAUACGGCCUUGCACCCCCUCAGUCCGUCACAAACCUCCACGCGAGGACGUUCGCGGUAUGGACACUCACUUCUGCGGUGGUGAGAGGAUAUGCGGCAUAUCAUAUUAACAACAAGAGCAUCUAUGACAUGGCUUUGUUAACAUACCUGAUCGCCUUUGGUCACUUCACCUCCGAGAUUUUUGUCUACCGCACAGCCAAGGUUAUGUCCCCGGUGUUCAGCACCCUGGUGAUUUCGACUGUGUCCCUUGUGUGGAUGACCACCCAGUAUGACUUCUAUGUCAAAGCUUAG